GGUAUUAUUUUACCUUGUGGCUGAACUGCGAUUUCUGGCGAGCAGUUGUCCCACCACCACAACACUACCCCGAGUAUUACUACCACCAUGGCCACAGCGGCGACCGCACGCGCACAGCGAGACCAGGUUUACUGUCACGAAUGCCAUAUGGAUUGGUUCCGUGACGAGCACGGUUUAGUGUGUCCAAACGAAAUUUGCCGUAGUGACUUCGUCGAAAUCAUCGAGAACGGCAAUGACCCGCGGGGUAUUCCAGAUUUAGAAUUCGACGAGUCCGAGCCCGACGACGAACAUGAUCACAGCCAUGGCAUUCCCCACUUAGCGCAUCACCAGCACCAACACCAGCACCAACAUAGCCACGCGAUGUCUGGCUUUGGUCCUUUCGUACCAUUCGGAGCCCCAAUCGGGGGAGCUUCUGGGACCACCCAAACGGUUGUCCGUGCCGACGGGCCGAACUUUAGCUAUGUCACUAGGACGAUUGUCCGCCCCGCUCGCGGUGGCCCGGCUCGUGGGCGUGGUCCGGAGGAAGAGGUAAUUGCGGAUCUGUUCUCCACGAUGCUUCGAAACAUCGUGAGAGACCACUACAAUAGACCGGAAGGAUCCAACCGUGACGAGGAUUAUCCAAUGGAAGGAAAUGUUCCCCCUCUCCCUCAUGGAGAGGAACCGAGGUUAAACCCAAGAGACGCGGCUGUACCCCAAGCUGGUGACGCCGUGCCGGUUCCCGAUAUUCAAACCUUUCUUAACUCGUUGUUUGGACCUACCGGCGGCGACGGUUUAUCACCAUUCGUGGCCCGGUUUUUUAACGGCGGACACGGUGCUGGUGGAGACUAUGUCUAUUCACAGUCUGAGCUGGAUAGGAUAAUAUCCCAGCUUAUGGAACAGCACCAGGGCAAUGCCCCUCCACCGGCAGAGAAAGAGGAUAUCGAAGGUCUUCCUCGGCUCAAGGUUACCCAAGCCAUGGUAGACGAUAACGUCGACUGUGCCGUGUGCAAGGACGACCUGGUCUUGGACGAGGAAGUGACGGUGCUGCCUUGCAAGCACUCAUAUCACUUUGAGUGUGUUUCAAAGUGGUUGGUGGAGCACGACACUUGUCCCAUAUGUCGCCAUCCUAUCACUCCGCCGGAGAAGCGUCAGCAGCAGGAGAACAGCCAGCGACAACCUUCAUCGCCCGGCGGCGGCAGCGGCGGAAGCGGUAGCGGUGGUGCUAGUGGCGGAGGAUUCGGCGGCCCUGGUGGUGGAGGAUUCGGCGGCCCAAUUCCUGGCGGCUUUCCAUUCAUGGGCGGCUUGUUCGGCGCGGGGCUUCCACAGACUCGGCCCCGGGGUUCAAGACGGCCGUCAUCACCAGGUCCAGGAGGUCAGAAUCAGGAUACGCCGACCCGAUCAGCCCGAUCUCAAUCUCCUCCAUCUAGGGGCCAGUCCAGUGGAUUCCCGGGCAGCUUCCCCGCUGAUUACGACGAAGAGAACCAGCAUCAGAGCCCACAACAUCAGAACCAGCAGAAUCAGAACAGUGACGGCGGUAAUGGAAAUGGCAACCGCACCAGUUCGUUCGCUAACCUAUUCAGGCGGAGGAAUAGCUAAAUAUUGUAUUGCAUCCGAGAGAGUGUGGGUCCUAGAGGGGAAUUUCUGAUGACCUUAGGAUAACAUGAUGCUUGUUUCUGCCCUUUGUCUUCUCUUCUUACCACACCAUGAAUGGAUCCGAUCCUUGAGUUGAUCGCUUUCGGUGGGGUUUUUCUUUCGUUUUCCUUGGGUUUUCGGACUUUGUCCAAGGGGGCUUGCGGGCGCUGUUGCUAUUCUUAUUUCGUGGUUCCGUUAUUUGCGGUGUUUCGGUUGUAUCGCGGUGGUCCAGUACUUUAGGGCUGUAAUUGGUAGCACUUGAGCGAGGGAGGAGAGGAGG